CUUCUAUCAAAGAAUUUAUGUCUGUGAAGUUUCUGUAGAGCUCUUUUGAAAAGGAAACAUCAACAGAUUUCUGUGUUAGGCAUAGAUUUGCAGAAAUAAAUUCUACUCUUUCGGUAAACGAAAGUAAUUUUUCACAGUGGGCAUCAAAUAAUGGUCCAAAUUACAGAAGAACUCGUGCGAAAACGAGCAGAACACAAUGAAUGUGAAAUAUCCACCCUAGAAGAAGUUUCGCUACAUCAGCAAGAUAUUGAGAGAAUUGAGCAUCUUGACAAAUGGUGCAGGGAACUAAAAAUUUUAUACCUUCAAAGCAACCUAAUACCCAAGAUUGAAAAUGUCAGCCGUUUGAAGAAACUGGAAUAUCUAAACCUUGCUUUGAACAACAUAGAGAGAGUAGAAAACCUAGAAGGUUGUGAGUCACUAAAAAAAUUGGAUUUGACGGUCAAUUUUGUUGGUGAGCUAACAUCAGUUGAGAGCUUGAAAGAAAACUAUCAUUUGGAAGAACUAUUCCUUACAGGAAAUCCUUGUUCAGAAUAUGAAGGUUACAGAGAAUAUGUGAUUGCUGCUUUGCCACAGCUUAAAACUCUCGAUGGAAGAGAUAUUGAAAAGUCAGAGAGAAUUAAAGCAAUUCAGAAUUUUGGACCAGUUCGAGCACAUAUUAUCCAGCAACAAGAAGAAUACAAAAAGAAAAGGGCGAAACAGAAACAAGAAUCUGAGGAAAAAAGAAGAGAAAAGGAGAAAAAAGCAGCACAGGAAAAAGAGACUGGACAAGGAAAGAAGUCCGAAGCUGGUUUUGAUGGCCGAUGGUAUACAGACAUCAAUGAAAGGGAUAAAAAGGAUUACAACAAAGAAUAUGAAGAGAAAGUGCAAGACUUUUGGCAAGAGAAGGUUCCCUACACUCCAGAAAGCAGGAUUGACAUGCACAACCACCUAAAAGAACUGAAGGAAAAAGAAGAGAAAAAAGAUGAUAGAGAAGAAAAGAAACCAAGAAGGUUAUUUGCUGAAGAUGGGAGACCGCUCAAUAUAAAUGAGUCCAAAGUUGGGUUUACUCUCACAGAGGACGAUAAUAAUAACUGCAUCCUAGAUCUGGCAAUAUUCAGAUAUAUGGAUACUUCACUACUGGACUGCGAUGUCCAACCUAAUUAUGUGAGGGUUGUUCUGAAAGGAAAGAUAUUUCAACUAAGCCUCCCAGAGGAAGUAAAUGCAGAAAAAAGCACUGCUCAACGAUCACAAAUAACAGGACAUCUUGUUAUUACAAUGCCAAAGGCAAAGCAGACACUAAAAUCCAGAAAAAAGCCAGAAGGUAAAAUUCCACUACCUAACACACAAAAGAACCUGAAGAACAAAAGAAAUUGUGAGCUGCUGGAAGUUGAUGAAAGUGCUAGGUCUAUGGUGGAUAUCACCUCUAUUGUGCCAGAGAGAUUUAAAUCUGAGCCACAGCCUUUUGGCCUAACAAGAUUCAGAACAAAGGAAGAGCGUCCCAACAGUGAAAACUUUGUUGACAAUCCUGAUGUGCCUCCUCUGAUAUAAAUUUGACUGAAAAUUCUACCAAAUUUUGUUGACUACGACUAGAGAUGGCAUAACAAGAUUGUUUGAGUCUUUUCUCCCUCUCCAUACUCACUUCUGUAAUAGCAUGGGGUGACAAAAUUAUGGACAGCUUGAGAAUGGGCCAUCCUUAACUAAGGAAAAUGGUGACAGAGCAAGUUUGCAAUGAGUUCUGCCAAAAAGGCUUUGUGCAUGCUGUACAUUAUUCCAAUACAAAUAUGCAGAUAACAAGGAUACCACUUCAUUUAAUAAAGAGUGAAUACAUUUUGUC